AUGACCUUCGAUGAGACCAGCGCCAACCAGAAUGGCUUGAAUGGUGCGAGUGGGGGCUACGAUGUUUGGCUUACAGGAACUCCUCAAGCCAGUCCCGGAUUGCAGGGCAAGAAUGUCUUUGAGGAGAUCCAACAGUUUGCGAAGUCGGCGGCCUCCGCCUCGCACAGCAAGUCCGAGGGGCUGCUGGACCAAGGCUCUUCCAGCAAAUGGAAGGAGUUCAACUCUUCCCUUCUGAAUUACGUGGCUGGAGCACUGGUGCUUCUCAACUCGCUGAUCAUGCUUUGCGAGCUGGAAGUGGAAGGAAGGGCAAUUGGACAGCAGCUGGGCCAAGUGGGUGAAGCUGCGCCGCUGGAGGAAGUGCGGCCGGUCUUCAGCACUUUGGAUGGGGCCUUCGUCUUUGUCUUCCUGGCUGAGCUCCUGGCGCGGAUUUUUCUGGAACGAUCCAGCGUGCUUCGUGAUGUUGCGUUUUGGUUUGAUGCCUUUUUAGUGGCUGCAGGUUUGGCGGACAUGAUUAUCAUCCUUCCGCUUGUGGACUCUGGUGCCGGAGGGAUUGGAGGCGAUCCAAAGAACAUCGUCCUUCUUCGCCUGGUGCGUGCCUUGAAGGCGUUCCGUGCCAUCCGGAUGGUCAGGACCCUGAGGCUUUUCAAAGGACUCCGCCUUUUGGUGAAAGCCUGUCAGUGCUUCUUGCCCUCCUUGGGUUGGGCCAUGGUCUUGCUUGGCAUCUUCAUGUCCAUGGGGGCCUUGAUCCUCGCAACCCUGCUGCAGGACUUUCUGCUGAACCAAACAUACCCGCUCGAAGAGUGGAUUUGGAUUUGGAACCGUUAUGGGACUGCAUACAAAGCCUUGUACACUCUCUAUGAGAUCACCUUUGCUGGAAACUGGCCGGUCAACGUGCGGCCGGUACUGGAAUCGGUGUCUCAAUAUUACGUAAUAUUCUUCAUUUUGUACAUCACCAUCAUUGUCUUUGCAGUGAUCCGCGUGAUUUCCGCGAUCUUCUUGAAGGACACGUUGGACGCGGCCAACAACGAUGCCGAACAAGCGGUGGUGGAACGCUUGCAGAGCAAGAAGAAGUAUGUCGACAAAUUGGAGGCCAUUUUUAAGGCCAUCGACACCACCGGGGACGGCAUGAUUACAGAGGAGCGGUUGGCAGAGAUGUUGGCCAAUCCGGUCGUACAAACAUAUUUCCAAACGUUGGACGUUGAUGUGCACGAAAGUGCGGCUUUGUUUCACCUGAUGGACAAUGGAGAUGGUGAGGUCACAUUGGAAGAGUUCAUACAUGGCAUCAUGAGAUGCAAGGGACAUGCACGUGCUCUUGACCAAGUGGCGAUGCAGAAUCAGAUUAAGGUUUUGGACACGAAGAUUUCAAAGAUUCUUCGGGGUUUACGAUCAGCUGAUAUCAUCAAGCAAACAGCUGCGUCGAGGAGGAGGGAUCACGAGAAGCAGCCAUGA